AUGGUGUAUUUGUCCAUCAUCCUGAUCCUAGGGACUGUCCUCAAUGCCCUGGCCCUGUGGGUGUUCUGCUGCCGGAUGAGGAGGUGGACAGAGACCCGGGUGUACAUGGCCAACCUGGCCGGGGCUGACUGCUGCCUGCUGCUGAGCCUGCCCAUGGUCCUGUACACAAUGGGCAAAGAGCAGUCCGAGGGCUUCCUGUGUACGGUCUCCCAGAGCAUUUACCUGAUCAACAGUUACAUGAGCAUCUGCAUCACCACCGCCAUUGCUGUGGAUCGGUUUGCGGCCAUCCAGUACCCUCUGCGGGCCAGGGUGUGGCGCUGCCCGCGUCAGGCGGCUGGAACCUGUGCCCUUCUCUGGCUGCUGGUCAUAUGCCUGGUCUCUUUAACUGCUUGGAAGCAAAAUGGCCAGAACUUUUGUUUUGGCAAGAGUAAGACACGAGGCUUCUGGGCCAUUGUUUUCUCCUUGGCCCUCUUCUUCAUUCCUCUCAUGAUCCUUGUUUUCUGUUCCAUGCGGGUGCUCCAGAAACUGAUGAGGAAAAAGGCCCAGGCCCUGGCCCAGGACAGGAGGCUGAUCCACAAAACGGUCUGCGUGGUCUCGGCUAACCUGGUCAUCUUCCUAGUCUGUUUCCUGCCCCAGCAUGCGGCUCUGCUGGCCAAGCUCAUAACGGACUACGUGGGGGCCUCCUGCCCCGUUGUCCAGCGCGUGAUCAUUUCCGUCAGGGUGGCCUCCCGCCUUGCCAAUGCCAACUGCUGCUUGGACGCCCUGGGCUAUUAUUUUGUGACCCAGGAGUUCCAGGAAGAAGUGGGGGUGGUUUUAGGUCUGCCCAAGAUCUUCCAGAAUCAGACUCAAGGCAGCCCCGGAGCUGAGCAGCCAAGCCUCCUUGGGGGAAGAAAUGAGGAGAAGGCAUUAGUGAGCUCCAAAGCAUUGUGUUCCUAUUAA